AUGGCUCACUACGACAAUCGCGCUGCUCCCACCGACUACGGCACCACUUAUGAUCGUGGUCGCGAAACAGGUCUGCUGACCCGCUGGGUGCCAGACAGACUCAAACAUUCCCGCCUCUAUCGCUGGUUCCUUCGCCUUACACGCGUUGCACAAUUCCUCUCCGCCGUCAUCUCCCUUGGACUCUUCUCAGUCCGUCUCCGCAAGGUCUAUAACCUUGUCAAUGCCAUCAAGACGCGUCGUGGCGUUAACAGUUCCUAUGGCGCUGUUGAAGGCAUCCUGGCAGUUGCUGUUCUGUACACCCUCGUUGCUAUGCUGAUGUCACUGCUUCUCAAGGGCGGUGGUCCAAGAUGGCUUCGCUGGCUUUGGGUGCUGUUGGAUAUUGCUUUCGUCGGAGCUUUCAUAGCUGUCUCUGUUCUUACUCGCCCCAAUGGUGGCAUGGCUGGCCCACGUCAUUGCUACCGGACUGAAGGUUUCUCAAGCACCUUUGGAAUCAAUGCGGACUCGUCGGAUGACAGCUGCAAUCUGCCUUGGGGUACAUUCAUUCUCGCCAUCGUCAGCACAAUCCUCCAUGCUAUCACUGCAGCAUUCCAUGAAGUCCGGGAUCGUUACAAGGAGCAUCGCGUCAAGGAGCAGCAUGUCAAGGAAGCUCAUGUUGACAGAGACGGAACAGCUGCUUACUAG